AUGUCUCCCGAAGAUCAAAAUUUUUAUGCUGCCUGCUCCCACCAGGAUAUGGCAGAUAUGGAGUUUUUAGAUGACGAGCCUGGACUUGAAAGUGCUCAAGCGAGCUGCCCAGUGCGAGCCCCUUCGAAUGGAAAAAUCAAAUUCAAUGAGGAUUUGGUUCAUCCGACACGGAACAGAUUACUCGAUUUAUUUCCAUAUGCGAGGGAGUUGUCGAUAACGGACGUUGCUAUCCGGAUGAUAACAACUGUAGUCGCAGUCGGCCAGUGUCUGUGUAAGACUCGUAGGCGACUCGCGUACUACUGUGUGAGGUCCCCGCAUGCUAGAUGCGCUAAGAACCACAAGACCCUGCGCCAGUGA